AUGGCACCUGGACUACCGAAUUUGGAAAUAAUUCCAUUUCGCAUCGCCGCUUACGAUAAAACAAAAGGCAAAAUGGCGUUUUUCGACCCCUCACGAAAAGAUGAUUUCAUUUUCAUCAGUGGAACUAAAAUGCGGACAUUUGCUCGUGAAGGUACACAGCCACCAGAAGGAUUUAUGGCACCAAAAGCUUGGAAGGUAACUGUCAGAUGGAUGCUUUCUUUUAAUUAA